AAAAAAAAAAGAAAAAAAGAAGCUUCUCCUCUUCAUCAUCCUCUGCCUUUGUUUCCAUUUAUUGCAAAAACUUCUGAUCAAUUUGUUUUUGGAGUUAGGUUUCAAUGGGGAGAGGGAAGAUAGUUAUAAAAAGGAUCGAUAACUCGACAAGUAGACAAGUGACUUUCUCCAAGAGAAGAAGUGGUUUGCUUAAGAAAGCUAAAGAGUUAUCAAUACUUUGUGAUGCUGAAGUUGGUGUUAUCAUCUUCUCUAGCACUGGAAAGCUCUAUGACUACGCAAGCAAUUCAAGUAUGAAAACUGUUAUUGAGAGGUACAACAAAGUAAAAGAGGAGCAGCAUCAACUACUGAAUCAUGCCUCAGAGAUAAAGUUUUGGCAAAGAGAAGUUUCAAGUUUGCAGCAACAACUACAAUAUCUACAAGAAUGCCACAGGAAACUAGUUGGAGAAGAACUCUCUGGAAUGAAUGCUAAUGAUCUACAAAAUCUUGAAGACCAACUAGUAACAAGUCUUAAAGGUGUUCGUCUAAAAAAGGAUCAACUUAUGACAGAUGAAAUAAGAGAACUCAAUCGUAAGGGACAAAUCAUUCAAAAAGAGAACCAAGAACUACAAAACAUGGUAGAUAUAAUGCGUAAGGAAAAUUUUAAAUUGCAAAAGAAGUGCCAACAGGUUCAUGGAAGAACAAGUGAGAUUGAAGGCAAUUCAAGUUUAGAUCCUAUAAGCAAUAUUGGAACUGAAAGAUGUGCACCACCACCACAACUUCAACUCAUACAAAUACAACCUCCAAGAGAAAAAACAAUAAAACUAGGUUUACAACUUUCUUAGCAAAAGAUGUUUGGAAGAGAGAAAGAUACAGAAAAAGAGGUUUGUAGGUCAUCUUCAUUAUAACAGCCAAGCUGGAUCUUCAUGUUAUUCUUGGGUUUUUUUUUGUUUUUUGUUAUUCUGUACUCUACAAUGGGAUUGGAGUUUGUAUAUGACAUUUCUGUUUUUGUAAAAUUAUUUAAUUGUCUAUGUACAUCAUAAAAUAAUGAUGUGAUGUGAGUGCGUAUAUACUAUGUAGACAUCAUUUAUUUA